UCAAGCUGCCUGCUUGUGCCCUCACCUUCCUGCGUGUCCCGGCGUUUGAAACCCAAACAUAAGAAAAAGAGGAAGACUUCAUAGCGCGCUCAUGGGAGAACGCAGUAUUUUUUUCAUGCCUGCACGUCGCACGAUGGCUUAUAUAUGAGGAGGACAGUUUGGGAUGCGACCAUAAACAAGCGCCUCCACGGACAGAAGCGCAUGAGAAAACAUAACUCUGUCCUCCCCGACACCGAGAAGGACUCCUCCCCGCAUCGGUCGUGUCACACCCGGUAAAUCGCCGGGAAAGGAUAACAUUAUUUUUUUUCACGCUGGAAACGAAAGACCGUGUCCAGCUUUCCCCAUUCAUUUCUCAGUGACUGGCUGACUGUAUGGCUUUAAAAAGUUGCCUGGAAAACAUGGACAUCUGACGUGCGCCUUACAGCGUCAUUGGACACAUUGAUUCCCCCCUCUCUCUUUUUUUCUCCAUCAUAUCUUGGGCUGGCUAAUCCCCUGCGCUUUCGGUUUGGAGUAAAGAAUAAGUGUUCAGCAGCUGUCAUUUGCCCCGAUACAGGCUACAUCCAGUAGCUCCCUGCAGGAACACGAUCACACCACAGAAGACACUGCCUGUUGUGCUGCGUAUUGGUGCCUACAUUUGCUGAUCACUGUUUGUGCAGUAGAUGGAGAGAUAUUUUGUCACCUUGAUACGGAUUUGUUAGAGUUGACAACCUUCACCAAAUAAAGCUCAUGAUUCAUCUGAACUUUCUCUCUGCGUCAGCGAGAAACGCGUUGCUUUUGUAACUUCACAUUUCCUUCGACCCGAAGAAGUGUCAUCCGAACUGUCAUUAAUGGUUUUUCCUUCGUUUUCUAUGUUGUGCGCAUUUGUAUUUGUUUAGUAUUCACAAACUGCGCCAGAAACACGCGGACACGUGUGAAUGAGACUCAUCACCUGUCCCGGUUGAAACGCCCGUGCAACUUGACUGACUAACCUACGCUGAAGAGGAAUACGUGCCGAAGUUUGCUGUAGUGAUGCUGCAAUUGGAAAUGGUUGUCUUCGUCUGCUUGGUGCUGUUGAUGUGUGUAUUUAGCCAGGAGCCAAGCUCCAAAGUGGUGGCCGACCGCUACGCUGUCUUCUGGAACCGAACCAACACCAAGUUCCACCGUGGGGAUUACCACAUCGAUGUGUGCAUAAACGACUACCUUGACGUCUACUGUCCUCACUAUGAAGACACAGUGCCUGAGGAACGGACAGAGCGCUACGUCCUCUACAUGGUCAACUAUGAUGGCUAUAGCACGUGUGACCACACCUCCAAAGGCUUUAAACGCUGGGAAUGCAACAGGCCGCACUCUCCGAACGGGCCACUUAAGUUUUCAGAGAAGUUCCAGCUCUUCACUCCCUUCUCCUUGGGCUUUGAGUUCAGACCGGGCAGAGAAUACUAUUACAUCUCCUCCACUGUUGCUGAAAAUGGGAAAAAAACCUGCUUGAAGCUCAAAGUUUUCGUCCGACCAGCAAACAGCUGUGUGAAAACUAUAGGUGUACAUGACCGCGUUUUUGAUGUAAACGACAAAGUAGACAAUACAUUAGAACCACGAGACGAUACCAGCCAUGAACCGGCUGAGCCUUCACGAAGUGAAACAAAUGAUGUGCCACGCCUCCAGAAAACAAGUCCGCUUCUGGCUUCGAUGCUGAUCUGCUUAGCAGCACUCUCCACUUUAUAGCGCCUCCCUCUGUCCCGGAGGUCAUUUACACCUAGCGUGGCCUGAACCUGCCCAAGGCUGCAGGGUAGGGGGUGGGAUUUGGGUGGAUUGCAUUUGCUUGUUUGGGCAUAAAAGCAGGCUUCUCAAGGAACCCUCUAUUUUUUUCAGAAAAAAAAAUAUUUAAGUGGUCUUUCUCCGUCUGUGAGUGAAAAAAAAAAAAGUUGAUGUUAGAAGCGGGAGAAACAGUUCCCCCCCUUAAACCUUCAACUAAGAUGCCAAAUCCUGUUUGACACAUAGUGAUUCUUACUUUCCCGUGACUUUUGACAUCCCUUUACAUUAUGUUUCUGUCAUGGCAACGCUGUUUAGACAUACACAUAUACACACACUUUACAUAACACACGACAUUACAGUGCCGCAGAGUCAAAUACAAAAAAUAUUGACAUCAGCAUUGAGCAGGAGUAGAGUUGUUAUACAGUAGCCAGUUUUACAUAGUAGGACAGUGAAGAUGCUAGGUCUUAGAAAUGACUGUACAUACGCAAACAAAUAAUCCUGAGACCUCUCAAGGAGCCUUUCAGAAUAUAUUUUGAUUGUUCUGUUGGGUCAUUAAAAGAAAAAAAAAAGAUUUUUGCAUCUCCGUUCGUCUAGAGUUUUUUUCAAUUAAGUAAGAAAAGCUAAGAGUUAAAGACGUAAGAAAAGAAGUGUGAAGUUUCAAGCAGAAGCAAGACGAUAAACCUGAGCACUGAAAAUUAAAUGCCCGGUAUGCACCUUAGCCCAACAGGUCUUCAGACUAUGUUGGUUCAAAGACGGUCUGAAGAUUAUUUGUCAUUCAAUCUCAGAUUUCCCUUGAAAAUAGAGUGUUUGUAUAUUUUGGAUAAGCUACUUAAAAGGUUUAGCGAAUCUUUGAGUUAAUAAAGGUAAAAACCAUGAAAGUCUGCUCAACAAAGCAUUGCUCUGGCUAACAAAGCAACUAAAUUGAAACUUUCUCACCAGACAUUUUUUUUUGUUUCGGCGGAUAUCAGGAUCAAAAAUCAAUACCUUCUCAAAGUUGAUCGUGCAAUUUCACAGCAGCGGUCACAGUCAUUUUAUACAAUGUUUACUGAGCUAGGCAGCAAUUUGUUCUCUCUAUUCAGUUUGAGAAUUAGUCAAUAUUAACACUCCCAUAAACAUUUGCAUCCACAGCCCCCCCACCCCUCUAUUGACUGUUAAAAGAAUUGUUUGAAAAUGAUUUGCAGCUUUAUUUUUUACAUCUCUAUAAUAAUACAGGUUCUAAAACUGUAGGACUUUUGUACUGUGUGACAUCAAGCUAAAUAAGAAAUAUGAAAGAAAUCGUGGGAAACUGUUUGAAAAGACAUUUCCAUUAUUAGUGCCAUAUUUUUCCUUGGAUCCCUGUCCCAUAAGUGUAACCACAGCCUUGACUCAUACAGUAGAUUUACGUAAAAGUGAGAUUUUUUUUAGAGCCAGCUCGUUGCAUUAGCUAAUGCAUAGCUUGUGUUUGCCGUGUGAAUAACAACAACAAAAUCCAUUAAAUUCUAGGCAACGCACUGCUUUAUUUAGUCUGGCCAGGUUUGUGUUAGCACUUAAAUUUAAAGGAAUUCGCUGUGACAUAAUGAUAUUCAGCUUCCUUCAACUCCCGCUGAUGCACAUGGUGAGUUAGCAUAAAAAGCUUUUAUGUUUUUUUUUUUCCUUUUUCUUUUCAGAUUGACUUAUUUCUUAGUUUUAAAAGAAGUCUGAACACACAGAAAACGUGCGGCAA